AUGGAAAAUGAAUUGUGUGAGACCCAGGUUAUUUAUAAAACGCAUUCCAAAAGGACCGAAUUUCCUGAUGAGAUUCUGAAACAGAUAGGAAAAACAUCAUACUACUGUGAUAUCUGUAAAAAUGGUAACUUAACUACUCAUAAACACGUUCAUACGGAAGAGAAACUGUAUCACUGUGAUAUCUGUGGUAAAUCUUUCUCUACAGGCGAGUUAACUUCUCACAAACAUACUCACACAGGAGGUAAACCAUACCUCUGUGAUAUCUGUGAUAAGUCAUUUUCUGGGAAAGGUGGUUUAACUCGACACAAACUCAUCCAUAUGGAAGAGAAGCAGUGCUAA